AUGCUUCUAAUUGCCGGACAGAUGUUUUCGAUAUUGAACGAGAUCGCAAACAACAGUCACUUCAGAACGACUGGGGUUGUAUUUGCCAGUAUUGGAAGUUCUGCUGCAACUUACAUUCUUGUCGCUAUUACUGGAUAUCUUUCGUUUGGAGACACGGUUGGAGGCAACAUCGUGGGCAUGUACCCCCCUGGGCUCUGGGCAACAAUUGGACGCGCUGCCAUCGUUAUACUGGUCAUGUUCUCGUAUCCCCUUCAAUGUCACCCGUGCCGCGCCUCGGUUGACGCAGUUUUGAAGUGGAAACCUAAGGCUUCAAACAGCAACGACAAUUCGCCUCACCGCCAUCCUCUGCUAGGUCCACGAGGGAACCGAACACCCGAGCCCAUGAGUGAUCUUCGCUUUUCAGUCAUUACCACGACAAUCUUAGUGCUAAGUUACGUUGUUGCUAUGACCGUCUCUUCUCUUGAAGCGGUGCUUGCGUACGUCGGUAGCACCGGCAGUACCAGCAUUAGUUUCAUUCUCCCGGGAUUGUUUUAUUAUAAGAUCUCCUCGCCCGACUCACCUGCCCACCAACGACUAAUGAAAGAAGAUGACGAAGCGGCUGAAGGCAUAUUUUCCGAUGAUGGUGAUGAUAACGAUGACCUGGACAAUCAGGCGCAAUCGCUUACCGAGAGUGGCAUCCUUCGUCGUGGGACUCGCCAUUGGCGAAAGGCCGUCCUACGGAAGCUGAGUCUGGCACUCGCAAUAUACGGAGUCGUGGUCAUGAUUGUUUGUCUCAUCACUAACUCGCUCUUCAUCGCCUCACAUUAG